AGAAAAGAAAAAGCAUUUUCUUCCCCUCACCUUUUCAGAGUGCAGGUGUGCACGGGUGUUGCACAGUGUCGAUCAGUAAAACUGUAAUUAUCGUUCGGCUCACGUGUUUCCAGCGUGGCAUCAAUACAUCACGCUCAACGACUCCCUUUUACCUCGAUUGGUGAAAACGAAACAGCCCAUCAACAACAAAAGAGUCAUCAACCAAAGUAGUGGGAGGGUGAAUAAGAAAAACGGGACAAAACAUAUUGAAAUGGCAAUGAACUUAAAAGAGGAAGCCACCAAACUGGAAACUCAGUUGGAAACGAGUUGUUUUCAACUUAAACUUUCCGAAGAAUGCCACCUUCUCGGCAAAUUCUUGCAAGUCGUUAAAAGUAACAACUCACGGGCAGCCGCCGUCUACAGGUCCAACUGCAAGGAUGGCCAGCACGCGGCCAGUUGCUACCAGUUGGGCCAGCUUUACCACUCCGAUGUCCAAUUGGCGAAUCAUCGUGCGGCUUUCGCGAGCAAUCGAAGAGGUUGUCAACUUGGUAGCGCCAAAUGUUGCCUCGAUGCCGGUAUGGCUAAAUUAUCUGACCCGCAGGACGACGGAUGCGUCGGACAGGAUUUUCCGCAAGCCGUCGACUACUUGAAACGAGCCUGUCAACUCGGCUCUGGAUUUGCAUGCUAUUUACUUGCCGGUGUUUACAUAACCGGCAUUCCGGGAUUAGUCGAUCGCGACUUAUCUCUCGCUUUCAAGUUCGAUUUUGAAGCGUGUAAACAACUCGAUUUCCCGUUGGCUUGCGCCAACCUCAACGGAGCAUUGAGCAAUGCGGGAGCGACGCCCGCGCCAUCUAUCGGUGUAUUAUGGAGAAUAGCUCAUUUUAAGAGCUUGUAUGGUGUUACAUCAUCCGAAUCGAAAUAGCUUUUUAUCAGAGUUGGCAAAUACAAAGCUUCGGAUAUUCA